GACACCACAAAUGUCAUAGUUUAAACUUAUGCAAGCAGUUUGAAACUCUCAGUCAAUGACAACGGUUCGUUGAGCUUGUGGUACAUUUCAGAAGCAUAUUUUGGUUGGUAUUUGGAAAAUCACAAAUUGCCCAGAAGUUUUAAGUCAUCCACGGAAAAGUACAAAAUUGCCAACAUCAAAAUGCUGUGGAAAAAAGAUUCGAAUCGAAAAACAGCCUUGUAUGUGGAUUACUUUGCCGAUCUAGGCACUGAUUUGGCCGACCUCGAUGCGAUACAAAAUCAAUUGAAGUCGAUGAAGAAAUCCGAUGCCGUAUCAGAGAGGCUUCGUGAGGAGGGAAACAUUGAAUUUGCCGCACGAAAUUGGACUAAUGCCAUUAUGGCCUACAAUUAUGCGUUGUGUUUCGCUGAAAAUGGUUCGGAGGCGCUCAGUCAUGCGUAUGCUAAUCGAUCGCCUUUUUUUUUCGAAUUGGAUCAAUUUGACAGUUGCUGCACCGAUAUCAAGUUGGCGUUGGAAGUGUCCGAAUGUUCAGACUCGCUUAAACAAUCGAUUGUACAGCACCAAAAAGAUUGUGCCGAUUUCAUAGAAAAUAGCAUGUCGAUUGAAAGCACCGUUAAUGUCCCGACAUUGGAUUUUGAGCCAAACAAAAGUUUUCCGUGCUUUGCAAACGUGUUGCAACUCGACCGACAUACGGAGCUGGGCUAUCGAAUCACGGCCAAAACCGACAUUGACGUUGGAAAACGGAUUUUCGUGGAAAAGUCACUCGUUUCAACAGCCAUCGAUGGCCAAUACAUGCGCUGCAGCGUUUGUCUUACACGAAGCAACAAUCUGAUUCCCUGUGGCAACUGUACAAAGGCGAUGUUUUGCAACACUGAAUGUCAGAAUAGUAUUCUACAUGCGGCUGAAUGUGGUAUGGCUACUGCGAUCGAAAGUGAUGGCAAGCUAACGUUUCUAAUCCGAACGGUGUUGUACGCUAUGAGCCUAUUCAAUAGCGCCAACGACUUUGUGAACUUUGUCGAAAAAUGUAUUGACAAACAACAAGAUUUUCCGUUGUCGAUGACAGAUGACCGAUCAAAAUAUGAGCAGUUUUUGAGACUCAAACCAGAUCGUAUGAUUGCAUCAGGUGAAAAACGUGACCCACUCAUUUACUUUGCAUAUCAGGCGAUCAUGGCAUCGAAAGCAGCCGAUUGGUUUGUGUUGAAGAAGCAACAGCGAUUUCUCACUCAUUUGAUUUGGCAACAUGAAGCUAUCAUAUCGCUGGGUUGUGUUCAUCAGUACACCGACAAAAAUGGCCAAGCCGACAGUUUGCACCUGUUCCCGACAUUCAGACAAUUUAAUCACUUGUGUUCUCCUAAUGCAAUGUUUCAUUUGGCGGAUAAUUGGUCAACUAUCACUACAAUGCGGCCAAUUAAAAAGGGCGAAGAGGUGACAGUUUCCUAUUUUGGCCGUAAUUUCCCUGCAGAUUCAAUGGUCGAGCGACAAGAAUACGUUGAACGUCUUCGUGAUAACUUUGGCAAUAAGUGUCAAUGCGACUUAUGCGAGAAUCGCACAUCAACGGCAGGUAAACGAAAGGCUAUGAAGGCUGAUCCAUCCUAUCAAAACAUCCUACAGACUAUUGAGCAAAACUUUGGCGAAGAAACAUCUUUGGAUAUGAAAGAGAUGAAACAUCAUGCAAUUGAAUUUUUAGAGAAAUUUGGACAAGCAAAAUGGUGCGCUGAGUUGCAUUUGGCAACCACAUUUUUCAUGGAUAUCAAUUGGGCACAGAUCGAAUCUGGAGACUUAGAAUAAGCCAUGGAUAGUGGACACAUUCCUUAUGUGCAACAUAACGUAUUUUUAGCUUAAGUUCAAUCGAUUUUUGAAAUAUUAUACUGUGAUUUUGAAGAAAGAUUUGAAUGAACAUUGGAAUGUCGGAAAAAAAUAAUGAGGAAUCUUUGAGAAAUUUUUGUUUUUUUUUAAUAAAUAAGCAUGAAAAUUAACCAAUUUUUUAUCAAACUUCUUUGUUAUCAAAUAAAAUCGAAACUUCGAUUAAA